AUGGCUCCGGAACUGACCAGAAAAGAGGUUUCGCAGCAUAAUAACAAUAAAUCGGUAUGGUUCGUAGUCGGCAACAAAGUCUAUGACGUCACAAAGUUUCUUGAUGAGCAUCCAGGAGGCUGUGAGGUAUUAGAGCAAGCUGGUGGAGAUGCUACUGAAGCAUUCGAAGAUGUCGGUCACUCUACAGAUGCUCGCCUAAUGAGGGAGGAUUACUAUAUAGGAGAUCUCGUAAAGGAAGACCAUCAAACAUACUCGUACGAUAAAAAGACGUGGACCACGAGCCCUACUGACAACCAGCAAAGGACAUCACCGAACCCCCUGGAGGCGUUGAUCUACCCUGGUCUAAUCGCCAUCGCUGUUGCGCUCAUUUAUUAUCUUCUAUCCAGUUAA